UCUUGACGGGUUGCAUUGCCUGGGGACUGAGCGGUCAGUCAGUGAGUGCGCCCACAACACCUGGAACACGUCGUCGUGUCAGCACGCGCAGGAUGUCAGUGUCAUCUGUGCUGCAGCAGGUACUUCCGCGUCACAGGUAACGACUGUUGGAAUGUAUCGUACACCUACAUCAACGCCAAACCCUGCCGAGACAUUUGUACGCCUUGUUGGUGGGCCUACCGCCUAUCAAGGUCGUGUAGAAGUGUUUGCAUUUGGAUCCUGGGGGACAGUUUGUGACACUACCUGGGACGUCAACGAUGCUGCUGUCAUAUGUUCCAUGCUGGGAUACUCCGAUUUCUCAUCUGGAGGGUUCGUCCAGCGCCAGGCAGGAUAUGGCGAAGGCACAGGUCCAGUAUGGCUGGACAGCGUGGCAUGUGUUGGGUCAGAGGUCACCAUCACGCAGUGUCCACGUGGUGUAUGGGGGACGAAUGGUUGUGGUCACGACCACGACGCUGGAGUGACCUGCUCGUCAGCGCAGCGCCCCAACAACUUCCUGCUUGUAACAGAUUCGGUAGAUAAGAAGAUAUACCGAAUGGAUGGACGUACCUAUAGCUACGUCGAUGUCCCAGUGUCAUCAGCAGACAGCCCUGUGGCAAUUGAUUAUGAUUAUGUAGAUGGGCGAAUCAUUUGGACAGAUGUUGGCCUCAAACAGAUUCGCAGUGUGACACUUUCUGGCACAACGGAAAAAGUCGUUUGGCAACUUAAUGCAGUGGCUGUCCCCAAUGGUAUCGCCGUCGACCCGGUGACGCGCUUGAUCUUCUACACUGACACUGGUAACGACGUCAUUGUACUGAUGACUAUUGACGGCUUUGCUCAUCUACCCAUCAUCAAGGAAGAUCUGGAUGAACCCAGGGCCAUCGUGGCGGACUCGUCUACUGGGCUGGUUUACUGGUGUGACUAUGGCCACAGUCCGAAGAUCGAGAGAGCCUCAUAUGACGGGUCCAUGAGAACUCCUCUUGUCACUAAGAACCUCGUUAAGCCGACUGGUAUCGCUAUCAACCCGGACGGUGAUGAGCUAUACUGGUGUGACGAGGGUUCUGGAACAAUAGAAAAAUCUCGACUUGACGGACGCCACCGUGUCGUUCUGUCUUCCAGUGUGGGGUCUCAAUAUUUUGGCAUUAUGUAUUUUAGUGACUAUCUCUUCUUCACCGACUGGUCCCAACAAAGUGUGUUUCGGAUGAACGAUGACGGCAGUGGAAUGACAAAGUUGGGGCCAGGUGGGUUUGGGCGUCUUAACGACAUCCACUACCACCGAGAUGGAUGGGGCCCAUCAGGUACUAAUGCGUGCAGCAAUGGGCGAGGUGGGUGCAGCCAUAUCUGUUUGCCUAAUCCUGGCAACGGGUUUUAUUGUGUUUGUCCAGCCGGCCUCACCCUUCAGCCAGAUGGACUCACCUGUGGCAUAACAAAGCCCUGCCCGGCACUCUUCUCUCCGAAGUAUGGAUCUGUAUCCCCACGCAACUGCACAGAGGUAGAAGCUCCGGUGGGGAAAUACUGCACAGUCACCUGCAUGCCAGGCUUCUCUCUCACUGGUCAGUCAAACCUACAGUGUAUGAGCAAUGGGCAGUGGAACAACCUGGGAGCUCCACUUUUAUGUCAGGACACACAAGGUCCUAACAUCACUUGCCCACAGAACGUAGAUGUAAGAGCACCUCAAGGAUAUGAAACAGCAACAGUCAACUGGACGCAUCCAACAGCAACCGAUAACACUGGCGAGAGUGUGAGCAUAUUUCAGAGUCAGACGCCACCAGUUAACCUAGGUGAUGGAGAAUACACCGUCACAGUGAGGGCAGUUGAUGUUUCGGGCAUUAGCAGUACUUGUGUCUUCAGGAUAACAGUCACAGUGUUGACUUGCUCCGACCCCAAGCCCCCUGCAAAUGGAUAUAUUGAUUCAACCAUCUGCAGGUCUUUCUAUGGGUCCAACUGCCACAUUAACUGUCGCCGAGGUUUCGCUCUGUCUGGUCGACGUAACGUAACAUGUGACGUCGAUAGUGCUGGCGCAGCUCAUUGGACAAUGAAUGGUACCACUUGCACAGCUAUCACCUGCCCAGCACCACCGACUCCACUCCACGGUAGAUUGCAGAGCUGUGAAACGCCUUACAGUUAUCAGGAGCUCUGUGAACAGUCGUGUAACGUUGGCUACACGCCUCUCAGUGGUACGACAAUCAGGCGUUGUGAAGAAGGUACUUGGUCUGGACAACAGCUAGUCUGCACCAAGACAAAUGUCACUGGAACCGGCACAGUCACACACAGACAGCUACUAGUAUGUCCCUUCUUGGUAAAUCCAAGUCAUGGCACCAUUCUACCAAGUGUUUGUGUCGGAUCCGACCUUCUACCUGGCACUCGCUGCACACUGUCAUGUGAAGAGGGAUAUCAACCACUGUCCACUAAAACCCUGACCUGCAGCCCCGCCGGGGAAUGGACUCCCUAUGCUAACGUACUGGCGUGCCUGUCUUCAAAUGCAUUAGGUGAAUCACCAGAUACAUCAUCGUCGGUGGUGGCGGGGACAGUGACCGGUGUUGUAGUUGUUGCCCUCAUCACCGUCAGCGCAAUAUUUCUACAUCUGUACCUGAAACGCCGUUCACGAAAUGAAGAAAGAGAAGUAUACGAGCUACAACAUCGUACAAGAGGCCUAGAAAAUCCAGCUUAUCAGAACCAAAGUUAUACUUAAUUGCCAUGACGCUCACUCUAUAAAAAAUGACUCUUCCCAGAAGACUGCAUCCUGGGGGGAAACCUCUGGCAUGAAACGCAUGAGCACAAGGAACAAAGCGAUACUUCAUACCAGGGUUAUAUAAUGGUAGAGGAAUACACAAACUACUUCAGUCCAUAAACUACUAUAAUUCUGUAGUUAUAAUCAUAUGUAAGGCUUAUUGUAACAGUCAGUAAUUGCCGUCUUAAAUGUAAUUGAACUUCUUUCAUAUGUUAAACAGUACAAACAUUAAUUUG